UUGCUGAUCAGUUUGACAGUUUGUUCGAGGCAUGUUGUAGCUGACGUGUUUCCAAUUAUCCAUUUUUGUUAGAAGACUGUUAUUCUACCAUCGUUAUGCCUGCGUAUCAUUCAAGUUUUACAAAGAGCCAUGGCACUAUUGGAAACAUGGCAUUGCUGCCGAUCAAAACCACAUUCAGGGGUCCUGCACCUCCUUUUAACAACAAAGAACAAGAUAUCAUUGACGAAGCGUUAUAUUUCUUCAAAGCAAAUGUAUUUUUUAGGACAUAUGAGAUUAAGAGUGAAGCUGACAGAGUUUUAAUCUAUAUCACUUUAUUCAUUACUGAAUGCCUGAAGAAGCUACAAAAGUGUGCAACUCAACCACAAGCCAUGAAUGAAAUGUUUUCCCUUGCUAUCUCCAAAUUUGAUAUUCCUGGCGAUCCCGGCUUUCCAUUGAAUUCAGUAUAUGCCAAACCAAGCAGUCCUGCUGAAGCUGAUCUUAUGAGGCAAUAUCUUUAUCAAAUCAGGCAGGAAACGGCUGUUAGAAUUGUUGAAAAAGUAUAUGGCGAGGAUGGGAAGCCGAGUAAAUGGUGGCUCUGUUUUGCGAAAAAGAAAUUUAUGGACAAAUCACUAUCUGGACCCGGUCAAUGAGUUAUUUUCCUUAUGUUGUUUUAAAUAUGUGCAUGAUUAAAAAAUAAAUCGGUUAAAAAAAUCA